GAGAUUCCGUGUCAUUUCAUGUGAUCAGAAAACCAGAAUUACCCCCAGCAGUCGAGCUGGAGAAGAUUUCAUGGGGCAAUGCAUCCGGGUCAAACUACAUAGUCAUGCUGAAUGUCCUUCCUGGGAGGAAUGUUCCAGAAUGGCUCAACUUCCAGGACAAAUUUGAGAAGAGGGUCCAUGUGCCCAACACAACGACCCUAUUGAUGGACAACCUGACCCUUGGGGACAGCGGGCUGUACCGGGCUCGAGCCUGCUACAGUAACGGAACAGAAAGUGACCAGGAUUUUCACCUGACGGUCUAUGAGCCCGUGCCCCAUCCCCAGAUCCGGGCCACAGUUCCGUCCCUCACACCAGGCUGGUGCAACGUCACCGUGGAGUGUGACACCACGGGAACCAGGGAGGGCCUGACCGUGUCCUGGGAGAGCGAGGGCCUCCCUAGGGAGCUGGAGCAGAGACCGGCCCCGGGACCAGCCCCCAACCCCUGGACACUGGCUGUGAGCCUGCCCCUGAGCCAGCCCAACGCCAGCCUCACCUGUGUGGUCAGCAGCCAGGUGGACCAGAAAACUGCCACCUGGGGCCUUGGGGAUGUCUGUGGCCAUGAAGCAGAUCUACAUGGACAGGUCCCUGCUGCCCUAUUACGAAACAUCCUAGGAUCUGUUGUGUUCCUGCUGCUGAUCCUGGGAGCAGGACUGUACCUUUCAAAGACACGUGAGAAGAAGAACGUGGACUCUGGGAGAGGUGCAGGAUCGCAGGAGGGACACAGGGACCCGGAUGGUGGCAUCCACUAUGCAGAGCUGAGCCAGCGGAAGUCUGGAGACAGGAGGGACCGGGGUAGGGGUGCCCCUGGUCUAGAAGGCGAGAAGCCUCUCACCACUGUCUACAGUGAGGUCCGCAAGCCAGGCCAGGCCAUGAGGAGGAUUUAAUGGGAAGAAGCAGGAGAAUCUUGCCCUCCGGGGACACCUGUCUCGUGAGCGUGACGCCUGCAGCUCGGGUCCUGCCUCCUCCACCUCUGAGGCUCUGAGCAGGGACUGGAUGGAUCCACCGUCAGUUAUUUCUGUGCUAAAUCGUUCCGCACAAGGUCACCGUGAGACACACACAGGGGUAGAUCAACGGGGAAACUGAGUAAAUAAAUUGUACAAACCUGUUCCAGGACUGCUCAGCCUCAGCUAUGUGUGAACCCCAGACGGCCCCCGCUCUCUCCCUGGUCUCUACGACAUCCAACUGCCUUUCAGACCCGCAGCCCCUGGGACGAGCCCUGGUGAAUUCCCAGUGUUCCACCUGGACCGUCUUGAACACGACCCAGUGGUCAGUCCCGUGCUGAGAGCUAUUUACAGACCCUGUGAAUUCGUAAUCGUGAGCACUGGCUGAGUGCCGCUCUGUGACUCGCACUGUUCUGACCGUUCUGCUCCCUCCUAACUCACAGGGUCCUCGGGGACUCUCUGUGAAGGGAAACUGAAUGGCUCCAUGACGCAGAAGACAAAAUCCGGGUGGGGGGGACCUGAGACGUCCCUAAAUCUCUCCGUGGAUCUCAUUCCUUCUACCGCGUCCCUAUCCAGGUGGAGUGGAGAGGGACCCUCGUGUCUCUGGCAUCUCUACUCCCUCUGCCAUCUCGCUCCCUUCCGAACUUCCACAGUCGUGGGCGUUAGUGGGAUAGACCAGACCCUGGGUCCUGCUCGACGCUCCUCCAGGGAAGCCUCUCCAAGCCUGUCGGGCUCCUGCUUUCCUGAUUUCUUUGCAAAAGUGAGCAGAUAGAGCUUGUGUGAGGAACUCCCUCUCCUCUUCUCGCUUCCCUUUCUCAGCUGCUCCCUGCGCUGCUCACAAGUGCUGCCCGUGCUCUGGGGCGUCCUGUGUUUCAGGGUCACCUCUCUCACUAGCCUGCAGGAAGCCCGAGGCCAGAAGCUUCGCCUUGUUCUCUGUCCCAUCCCCUGGGUCAUGGACAGAGCUGCUUCCUGGUAGCUGUUCAGUAACUGUUGCUGGAAGAUGAGAGACAUUUGCUCAGAAAUCAUUUGUCCCUCAUCUGGGCUGCAGGAGAGCCCACCCAAGCCCCCUGUGAGAUCUCCUGAAGUUGAACAUCACUGUCCCUGCAGACGACCUGCUCAGAGUUGCCCGCUGAUUCUGCAAGACAACCUGCCAGGGUCUCCUGUGAUCGGACCUGCUCCGUGUGCAUCCAGCCGCGGGAGCUCAGCUCGGUUGCGAUCAUAGCUGCCAGUGAUGUGGGAAACAGAGGCAGGAGAAAAAUUAUUAAAUUUUCUUACUACCCACAGCCCAUUGACUAGUCCUUGAAACAGGCAGAGUGACCUUCCUCUAGGGAUACAACUCUCUUGAUGUUAAUACUUUGCUGAGGACAAAAGGCAAUCCUAGCCUGGGAUCCCUUAAGUCUACUUUCACAUAAACAAGCUCUUUUGGAAACUUCCUUUAUCUCUACCCACUCCCCCAGAAACAUGCUGGGAAUCAUCCUCAAGCAUCUGACCCACCGAUACACAUCUGAAGGGUCUCAUGACUAAGGUUUUAUCAGAUGGUAAUAAAUGACCUUUUCCCAACAAUAGCUAACCCCCUCAAUGCCCUCAAGGCCCUGGAAACCUUGCUUCCAAAUUCCUUAGAGACUUAGGCUCUCCCCAACCCCCUCCCAACUUGAG